AAAUUAUGGAGUCAUGGCCCUGAUGUCCUUCAAAACCCUUUAAAACAAAUCAAAGUGAACGCAUGGAUACCCAGUCAUAUUGUGUUGCAUUUUGCGGAAGAUUGGAUUUUCACCAGCGAAGUGUGUCGUGCAAAAUCGCAACAUUUGGCUCUAAACAGUACCAGUAACAGCUGUGUGAUAUCCAUCGGCACCAGGCCGUCGGUACUUCGCAAGCCAUGGGGUGUUCGAGCAGCACCCACCUGAGUGGCCAAUCCAAAGAAGUCGUCAUUCACUUUGAUGACACCAAUCUCCAGCCUCGACGCUUGAAGAAGACACACGAAAGCCCCAGCUCCCCAUCGAGCUUUAAGAGUCAGCCCUCUACGACACAUAGCUUGCGGAGCAGGCUUGGAUCGUUGAGCUCAGCAGGAACAGCAGCAACAGGAAGCAGCAGGAGGCGGUCUGUCUCAUUCAAUGAGGUCAUUGUGCAUGAGUUUGACGUGGAUGAGGUGGACUUGGACCUCGAUGAGGUCGUGUCUCCCGAGGAGACCUUGAAGAUCUUCUUGCGGUCGCUGGAAAGGGCACCCAUCUUUCUUGAACAGAAGGUGGACGCCAAGCGUCGAAGAGAUUUCGGAGUUCUUUGACGGCUUGAAGAGCCGAGGUUCAGGGGCUUGGACUCUUGCUCACUGGGCCGUCGGCUGCAUGCCUGCGGCCGACUACUGAACUGGAGGUUGCUGCCGAAGGGUAGCUUUUCCACCUCGAAAGUUCCACUUGUCGUUGCGGCAUUUGAUUCCUGAUGUGCCAGGCUCAGUGACUGGCCCACCAGAAUUACAUUCAAUACAGCUAUUGUGUUUGUUUUCUCUCAUGUCGCUUAGGUUGUCCACCCAAGGCUCAAGAGUGCAAUGGGAAUGCCGGACUUUCCCCCAGGGUGGCUCCCGAAGUGAGAAAAGGGUGCUGGAAGAGUUUGCGCUUUUCGAGUUUGUUGCUUCAUUUUGGCAUGGCGCUAGCCGCUGGCACAACCCUCAAAGCUAUGCAGAAAGCUUGAUACGGAUCGCACAGGUCCGCUUCAAGCGGAACAUGAGGCUGUCGAUGAUACUCCCGGCCCCAGGGGUAAGUUGUACAAUAGCCCCCAAAAAGGGAGCCGGGACUGUCAUGUUUCAGUCUAGAUGUGUCGGCG